AUGUUUCGCUUGGUCGGAUGUCUCGAUCAUGCUGCCAUUAAUGUCUCUACCGAGGCAUACGCGCUGGAACCUGAGGACUGCUUUGUAGAGCUCCUCGAUUGCGAAGUUAUCUGUGAAAGUUUUAGGGUCAUUUCCAACUAUGCGGGAGGACAUCGUGGAGUAGGGGGUGGUGGGCAGAUCUGCAGCCCCGGUCCUCUGGAAAAGCUCUACUUUCACGGCUGCUUCCUCGAUCCGUUCUUUUCCCUCACCACCGAAGCCGAAAGAAUGGACUGUCUUACCGGAAACGUGAUGAGCCCGCUAAAAGAUAUGAAGUAUGUUUACCUGGGUACGUGGGGUAAAGACAAGUUCAGAACGCUCGACGAGGAGCAAAAGCGACACUUCAAACGCUGUAUGAGCAAGAUCACGGCGUAUCUGGAAGAAAUGAAUGAAUGGGUCGAUGAGAUCGAGGUGGAACUUGAGGAGAAGGCUGGAAUACGGCGAUGGGAUUGCAAGGUGGAAAAGUAG